CCGUUGCUUUGAUUCUCGACUGACCGUUGAAAACAAGAAUCGUGGUAUUUUGUGUAAAGUGCGUGUUUUAUUGAAAUAUUCACGAUGAAAUCGGCUAAAUCUAAACAGAGACUGAAUGAUAUGCGUACGCCGGCUCGGAGUAAGCAGAAUUUGUGUGUAGGAGAGCGGGAUCCGGUGCAAGUUUAUUGCCGCCUUCGGCCCAUGCAAAGGGACAGUGAUGUGUCUUGUAUGAAGAUAAUUUCGCCUACAACAGUGCUUCUGACGCCGCCCAGUACUGCUAUAAGCUACAGAAAUGAGAAUAACAAGACGAUGGAGUACACUUUCAAGGAGGUUUUCCCUCCAGAGGCGUCGCAGCAAGAGGUAUUCGAUAAGGUAGCUUUGCCGCUCGUUGAAGGCCUAGUCAAAGGUAAGAACGGCUUAUUAUUCACCUACGGAGUCACGGGUAGCGGCAAAACGUUCACUAUGACCGGGGAACCCCAAAACUGUGGUAUUUUACCCAGAUGUCUGAACAUAAUUUUCAAAACUAUAAACGAUUUGCAAGCGCACAAAUACGUAUUCAAACCGGACAAAAUGAACAUGUUCGAUAUUCAAAAUGAGGCGGAAGCCAUGUUGGAACGGCAACAGGAACUGCACAAAUUCAAAAGCGGCAAGAAAAACAAUUCGAACCCCGACUUGGCUAUGUCUUCGACUGACAUUACUAAAGUAGGAGGCAUCAAUGAAGAUAACCAAUACGCUGUAUUUGUUACUUAUGUUGAAAUUUACAACAACAGUGUGUUCGAUUUGCUCGAAGACGGGCCCAUCAGUAAAAACUUGCCAGUGAAAAUCAUAAGAGAAGACGCAGCACACAAUAUGUACGUUCAUGGUGUCACUGAGAUUGAAAUCAAGUCUGCUGAAGAAGCAUUUGAAGCGUUCUACUUAGGUUUAAAAAGAAAACGUAUGGCUCACACUACGUUGAAUGCAGAAUCAAGUCGUAGUCAUUCUGUUUUUACGAUACGACUAGUGCAGGCACCAGUCGACGAAAUGGGCGAAGCUGUGAUCCAAAACAAGAAAUUCCUGUCCAUUAGUCAGCUGAGUUUGGUCGAUCUAGCAGGAAGUGAACGGACCAACCGAACUAAAAAUACUGGUCAACGUCUACGAGAGGCUGGUAAUAUAAACAAGUCACUAAUGACACUGAGAACCUGUUUGGAAGCACUAAGAGAAAACCAAGCUAAUGGAGCAAACAACAUGGUUCCGUAUCGUGAAUCAAAGAUUACACAUUUGUUCAAAAACUUCUUUGAAGGUGAAGGUCAAGUUCGUAUGGUCGUCUGUGCAAAUCCGAGAGCAGAAGACUACGAUGAGACGCUACAAGUGAUGCGGUUUGCUGAAAUGGCAGCAGAAGUGGAAGUUGCUAAGCCACAAAACAUCAAUAACGUUGCUGCAUCUAUUGGCCUUAUGUCAGGCAGACGUAAAGCCAACCGUCUGUUUAAUACAGCCAGAGAGAACAUCAUUCGUCCUGAAGCUAAAGAUCUGGAGCUAGAUUUAGGUCUAGUUUACAGUCUAGGGCCUGACUUCCCAAGCUUGGAGCUGAAUAGUUCUCAAGCGGCUCAUAUUAUAAAGGAACUGAUGGCUCAUUUGGAGAUGAGGAUUACUCGCAGAGAAGCCUUGAAGAGGAGUAAGGCUAUCAAAGAUGAGAGGCUCCGUUCAGCAUUGCUAGAUCUGGAGAAAGAUUCCAUGGAAGUCCGCAGCGAAAACGUUUCGCUACGUGGUCAGCUGGCGGCUUCGGAGCGCAGAGUGCGAGCGUUGGAAGAAAGGCUAACAGCAACAGAAAACGCCUCAUUGUCACAUCAAAGAAAACUAGCUGAGUUAACCGAAUACACGUCAUCAUUAAAACGCGAUUUGCAAGAAAAAGAACUGUUGCUGAGUCAGAAGCAGUUGGAGAAGGAAAAGCAAAAAAAGAUUCUAGAACGAAAGUACAACAACAAAAUAGCGGCAGAGCACGAGAAAGCUAAAGAAAUUAAUACUGAGAAGGAGAGAUUGAGGAACGCGAUUGAAGAGAAAGAGAAUCGGUUGAGGAUUAUAGCUGAAGCACUUCACUCGGAGAGGGGAGAUGAGAUGCCUAAAAGUACUGGUGAUUUUGCAGCGCAGACUGGAAGAGAUUUCACACCUGGAUCGACGCCUAGGGCUUUGCCAGCGCAUUUGCUGACACCCUUCAGCUCUGUCCCGCAAACUAGAGAAACUAGGGACACCCCUGCAUCGUCUAGACGUGGAAUAGCGGUCGCAAACCCGAGACAUAGGCGUUCGCUAUCCGCAGACGGGCGAGGCUGGAUAGAACAUGCCCCCAACAAACUCGUUCCAAUGGGAACUGUGAUGAAACCCAGCAUUUCAAAUAGCAAAGUGGUCAACAAGUUAAAAACGGUGAAAGACAUAGCAAAUUCUAAAGCCUCUAAAUACUGCUUGAUAUCUCAAGAACAAGACACUGAUGGGGAGCUAGAAACGAAGCUGUACAAAGGAGACGUGGUUCCAACUUGUGGGGGAGGUGCUCAAGUCAUUUUCAAUGAUGUAGAAAUGCUAAAGCAGUUCUCUCCAAAUCGGGAAUCCCAGACCAGGGUCUCAGCGACGUCCUGCGCCCGGCAUUCAGGCAAGAGGAGAGAUACAGGCUGUUCACCGCCCCAAACGCCGUCAAAUACCAGUAAAAAACAGAGGAUUGAUGAUGAUUAGUUAGAUUAAUCAUGUUUUUGACUUGAUGACUUUGACCUGGUGUUAUUACAAGAAUAUAAGAAAUUCUCAUUAAUGAUUUUGUACCUAUUUGUUGAUAGUUUCUAGAAUAGAGAAAAUAUCCCAAGCACUUACAUU